UCUUGUUGAUGUCAUUAUUGAUUGACGGAAAGCAGUGUUGUGGUUCUGUGUUGACUUUUCUGAAAACGCUAUAUUUCUAAGUUUUGUGUUUAUAUAUAGCUUGAAUUGUUUUCAAUGGCAUUAGACACUGUGCCGAAGGAUUUGCGGCAUUUGCGAGCUUGUCUUUUGUGCUCUCUUGUGAAGACAAUAGAUCAAUUUGAGUAUGAUGGCUGUGACAAUUGCGAAUCGUAUUUGCAAAUGAAAGGAAAUCGUGAGAUGGUUUAUGAGUGCACGAGUUCAUCCUUUGAUGGUGUGGUGUCUAUGAUGAGUCCAGAGGAUAGCUGGGUUGCCAAAUGGCAGAGAAUAAGUAACUUUAAGCCAGGAGUUUAUGCAGUAACAGUCACAGGCCGGUUGCCCCCAGGAGUGGUCAGAGAGCUGAAAAGCAGAGGAGUGAUCUACAAGUCCAGAGACACAUCUGUGAAGACAUAAACAACUCUGUGAAUUGUAUCAUGUAGCCUGACUGGGACCAGAAUUGCCAUUUUUAUAGUCGCGUUUUGUUUUUAUAUAAUUUUAUUAUUAUGACUAUGAUUUUUUUAUGAGAAUGGAAUGAAUGUACAGUUCAUUAAGUGUUGAUGUAAGACCAAAAGGACCAGGUAAAUAAAGAUACCAAUGUA